CUGCCACCCCGUGUCCUCCAUGAGCUGGGCUUUGCUGCGUCUGCCUGCACCGUUGGUCAGGACAUGCUCAGGGAGUCAGGGAAUCAGGCUUCCGGGGAAGCCAGCACUGCUCUUUCCAGGAGUGGCUGCCACUGCAGUGCAGGUGGCAGGCAGGAAGGACUGUCGUGCUCUGCUUCCCCUGAAUGAGCGUGAACUUGAAGAACAGUUUGUGAAAGGACAUGGUCCAGGCGGCCAGGCCACCAACAAAACCAGCAACUGUGUAGUGCUCAAACAUGUACCCUCCGGCCUCGUGGUCAAGUGCCACCAAACACGAUCUGUGGAUCAAAACAGAAAGAUAGCUCGGCAAAUCCUCCAGGAGAAAGUGGAUGUUUUCUACAAUGGUGAAAACAGCCCUGUUCACAAAGAGAAGCUCGAGGCGGGGAGGAGAAAGCGAGAGAGGAAGAAAAGAGCAAAGGAGACUCUAGAAAAGAAGAGGUUACUGAAAGAACUAUGGGAAGCGAGUCACGGAGAAAAGCUCUAAUGUUGAUGGUGUGUCAGGAGGCUUCUGGCAGUAAUGGCGGCAGUGCCUGGCACCAGCAUUAUAACAUCAUCUACAAAAGCGUUCUGGAAGUGGGCGUGAUGGUAUAUAUCUGCAGUCUCAGCACUUGGGAGAGCUAAGGCAGGAGGAUUACUGCAAGCUUCAGAACAACCUCAUCUGUACAGCUAGUUCUGCAGCAGCCUUUCCUGCAUGGAGUGAGCCUUGGUCCCCAGCAGAGAGAUCCUUGGAGCACCACCUACCUGUGAAUAUGGUAGCAGCAGCCACAGCUGUCCGCCAUAGUCUUGUCAGCCCUGUGGAUCUCUGUAAUCCUGGAGAUUUAGGCAUCAGCACAGAAGCCUCUGGGCCAGACAGGAAAUGCCCUUAGAAGAUAUGGCCAGGCCCUCCCUCAGGAGCUUCAGUGGUGACUGCAAUACUUGGGGAACCAAGACAAGAACUCUGAGUUCAAGGCCAUGGUCACUGAUAGACUGUAAGACUCUGCUCCCCCAAAGAAAAGCAAGCACUCAAGACCCCAAGGACCCAACAUCUUAAUACAAACUGUUAAUGA